CAAUCAAUUGUACAACUGCGGACAUUGAUGAAUAGAGAUGUGGUCAUUGGUAUUGUUGGAGAUAGAGUUAUAAGAGGUCGUCUAUCUUGUUUGGAUGUACAACAGAAUGUAUUGUUGAGCGAUGCUUACGAGGAGCCACCAUACGUCGCAAAGAGGAAUGGUCGCAAAGAGUUGGGCUACAUCAUCGUACCAAUGAAGCAUAUAAUAUAUUGCAAGGUGUCAAAGACUCCUGCACCCUCAUCAAAGGCUCAGUCUACAACUUCCACAGCCACAGCCACAGCACCAGCCACAGCAUUAGCAACGGCCACAGCCACGACCACGGCCACGGCCACAACA